CCCAGUUUGCUUGUUGGUGUAACAGUUUCGGUAGCCAUUGGAAAUAGUCUGUAUCCAAUAAUAAAUGACGGAAAUUAGGAUUUCAAGAUGCUUUUUCAUUCUGACCUGACGGCCCAAGGACACGAUAAAUUAUUAUUUGAGGUCUCCGUUGGACCGCCCUCUCUAUUUACUAUUCUGAACGUAAGGACAAACACUCCAGUUAGAUACUGUUGGAACAAUCAAACAAACCUGGAAUUUUCUGAUUGCUCAUUAACUAAGGACGACAGUGUGAGCCGUUUCCAUAAGCCAGCGAUCAUUUGUACAUCACCGUCGACGAACGAGUGUUCUGGAACAAGGUCUGUAGCACUGAAAACAAUAAUGGAAUCAGAUGAAAGUGUUACUUUUGAGAGCUUUGUGGACGAUGAGUAUACCGAAAUCGACAGUGAGACUACAAUUCACAAAACUGAAGAAGCAAAGGCUAUUUUGAAAACUCCGGCGUCUACUCCCGAAGAGAAUGAAUCAGUUUCAAAUGUAAAGGACAAAAAGGUCACUUUCGGAGUGAACCGCCAUCACCAUAUUGAAGAUGUAAUUUCAGAAUCUGACGGCGAAUAUUUUUACGAAGUAGCUACAGCGAAUGCAAGCGAAAACGCGUCACAAUCACCAGAGAUGAACUAUGAACUAUCCGCAAACAAUGAUGCGUUGUUAGUUAAUAAAUCGCACCAGUUCGUGUCAUCAGACACCAAUAUUGCUAUAUAUCGCACCAGCUCAGAUCCGAAUUUGAAAAAAGCAUCAAAUUCCAACACAACUGAAGAUUUGAGAAGGACUAAAUCUAAUCAGCGCGCAAAAUUAUCUACCUCACAAUCUUUUGACAACUCGCUGCAUCGUUCUUCGAGUGAUAGAGUGCUUUCAACCCUUAGUCCUUCCACCCUAUCCUCGCUAGAAUUUUCAAAAAAGGACAAGAAAAGACGAAGUGUAAUCAAGAGGAAAAUUUUGAAAAUACACAAGGUUUUUAAGAAGAAACCGAAACAGAAUUCACUGGAAGAGUCCGAGGAAACUGGUGGAGAUUACUUGCCUGGUUCUGAUGAAUCUGACGACGUUUCAAAGGGAAGUGAAGGAAGGGAGACUAGCGGAUUGUUAAACGGAGAAUAUAUGAAUGGUCACAGUGGAAGAGAUUCACCAGUUCACGGACUAGAUUUACGGACAGCAUCAUCACGUUAUCCAAGACCUCAGCAUUUAAAGACUUCACCAAAUUCUUACUCACAACCUGUAUCGAGAGCUGAAUCCAGAAAUUCUUCAUCGAAUCAUAGAAGUUCAUGUUCAUCCAUUGAUUUUGAUUCACCUGGUUUCCACAGUGAAGGUUCAAAACCUCGAUUAAAACCGACUUCCACUUCACCAGCAGCUUUGAACUCGAUAGCAACCACCGAGGGAGAAUUAUCUGACAUAUCACCAAGACUAACUCCUACUCACAGCAACUUUGAUGAUAGACAGUUGAUUGGACCUUCUAUGGGCAUAUCAUAUCAUCCUCAUAACAAUUCAUUGCAACUAAGGAAUGAAAACAUGAUGAGCAGAAAUUCAAAUUCAUCACUCACUAAACAAGGAAGUCUGAGGAAAAAGAAGAGAUCUGGAUCUUGGUAUAAUGUGCUGAGUCCUUCAUACAAACAGAAAAAUGAAGCUUUCCAUAAAUUCUUCAAAGAUCUACCCUCAAGUGAAAGAUUACUUGUUGAUUACACCUGUGCAAUGGUAAAAGACAUUUUAGUUCAAGGGAGACUGUACGUUUCACAAAACUAUCUUUGUUUUCACUCGAAUAUUUUGAAAUGGCAAACUGCUGUCACUGUAAAACUUGUUGAUAUCGACCAAAUGACGAAAGAAAAAACAGUUAAAGUCAUUCCGAAUGCAAUACAGUUUUUAAUGAAAGACAAAACAAAAACAACGUUUACAAGCUUCACUGCAAGAGAUAGAGCCUAUCUACUGACUUUCAGAUUAUGGCAGAAUGCUUUGCUGGACAAGCCGAUGACUGCCCAUGAAUUAUGGACUCAAAUUCACAGUAACUACGGAGAAGAACUUGGGUUAUGUAGCUCAGAUGAUGAUUAUGUCAGACCUGAGAACAUGCCCCCCAGAAAACACCAGAGUUUCGGUGAGGGAGACGGCGGAACAACAAAAGUGAAACGAAAAAAGAAAUUGACAAAUUCAACCCAAACUCCACAUGAUGAUGAAUAUGAGAAAUUAAGUCGUCGUAGAGGUACAAAAUCAACUAAGAGUUCUCCAAGUACCGGACAUUCAUCCCAGGAAAGCAAUCCGCAGUUUCAACAAGGAUCGGAUUCAGAUGAUAAGUCAAUCCAUAGUUCUCAAUGUUCCCAUGACGAUGUUUCUAUUGCUGAUGAUGUCAUUCAAGACGAGGAAGGAGUAGAGGAUGUGGACGGAGAUGAAUCUCCUCUCAUUAUGAAAGAUUCUAGAAGCAGGAAAAUGGAAGAACAAGCAGUUGAUGAAGAGAAUGAUGAACCUGCGGACUUUACUCUACCUGAUUGCAAUAAGGUAUCAUUGAACUCUGUGUAUGAGACGUCAGCUCGUGACAUGUACCGAAUCAUAUUCGGAGAAGAAAACGAAUGUGCUUUCUGGAAAGAUACUCUUGUUAACAAGGGGACUACCCAAAUUGACUUUGGAAGAUGGACCGAUGAUGAUGAGGUGAAAGGUCAAAAGAUAAGACAUCUAAGUUAUACAUUGCGACUCGAUAAUCCAAUCGGACCAAAAACAUCACACUGUAAAGAAAAACAGAUUCUAUAUCCGUCCACUGUUGAAGGCAAAUCAUAUGGUAUCGACUGUGUUGUACAGAACUAUGGAAUUCCUUAUGCUGAUUACUUUUAUACUUGCAUGAGAUAUUGUAUUAGGAAAGUUACAAGAGAUACAUGCGAAGUCAGGGUAACAUCUGAACUACGUUACAAGAAGACUCCAUGGGGACUUGUCAAAAAUUUCAUUGAGAAAAAUGUGGCAAGUGGAUUGACGCAAAAUUUUAGGAAAUUAGCUUAUCAACUGAAAGACCAAGUUGAUUAUGAGAAAUCACAACCCCAGACAGAAGACAAAAAUAGGAAAAACAGUAAUCUCCGAAGACGGAAACGAAGAUCUGAAACUGGCAAUGAUACAAAGACUAAAGGGAGCAGAUCUUCCUCCAGUUUAUCCAAUGAAAAUGGCAGGGUUCAAAGUUCCCUGCAAAAUAGAUCUGAUGUUAACAAUAACAAAGGAAGUCUCACACCAUCUCGGGACUCAACUUCUGCAGUUCCAUCCCUGCACAUACCAAAUGGAUACAUUCCGUCUUCUCGUUCUUAUGAACCGGAGAGUCCGCGACUUCAUUUUUUUGGGCAAGGAGGAAAAUUUAUCAUCGGUGCUAUUUUAUUUAUAUUUAUUCUGCUAGUAUACAGUAACUACAGCAUGUAUCAAAGACUUACAACCUUGGAACAAGUAACAGCCGCAGCAGCAACUGCUGAUGGUGUGGACCCUUCUGUUACUGCUGCUUUAUUAGAUAGACCUGGCGUUCCCAUAUCUAGCAAUCCUGAAAUGAUGUCGACAUAUUUGCAAGCUAUUGACAAACGGUUACGAAGAUUAGAAGACUCCAUGGUGAAAUUCGCGGAGACUUCUGGUUCGAAAUGGGAAAAAAUGGAGAGAGAUUGGGCUGCACUACAGAAGAUGUUACAGACGAUAUUGCAACAUCAGCUUGGGAACAGUGGAUAGCUAAAUGUAUUGAACUAAGAAACAAGACUCCAAAACCAAGAACUACAGACUCCAAAAACAUCUUUAAGACUUUUAUAUAUGAAUAAAAUGUUCCUUUCAAAUUAGAAAAUAUGUAAAUUGCAGGUUUUUUUAUAAACUUGAGACUAUUUUAGCAAUUCCACUUUUAGCAAUUUGAUUUAAACUUGUUCCAGUCUUUUUUGGAAUGAUUUAAAUUUUUGCACUGUUGCAUUCCAAAUUGAUUCCAUGUUCUGAGAAAUAGUUUUGCCCGAGAAAGGCUGAUUUCACAUCUGAAACAUGGUUGGAACGCUUAAACAAUAGAAAAUUAGAAAAAAAUUCGGUUUAAACUUAUUUGAACUAAAUUUCUGAGGCAUUCCAGAUUCAUACAAAGAUACAUUAACAUGAAAUUCCUGUGUAAAAUUUACUCACUUUUUCUAACUUGUUCAAAUGAAAUUUGCACUUGAAAAACAAAAUUGGUGUUUUUACUGAUUAUAUAUAUUAUUCAUGUCGACUGUUUCCAGAUUUAACACUUUUUUCUUCACAAAUAUUGUAAUUUUUAGCUUCUUUUGUGCGAGAAAAAUGUUGGUGAAUCUUGUACUAAGCCACACUCACAGUCUCUCAUAUCUAUCACAACUGAAAAUGAUAUUUCCCUGCGUUUAUUCUCACCUUGUAAUGCAAGGUUUCACGAACUUUGUUUUCUCGUUUACCCAUUGGGAAAUUAAAAAGUAUAUUUUUACCUGUAAACUGUGUAGACGGUCUCUUCUAGUAUGUUGUAAGUGAAGUAUUAAAAGGGGUAAUAGAAUAGACUGUCUCUUCAUAGCGAAGCAUAAAAAACAUCAAUAGUGCAUAGGAGUCCUUGGCAAACUUCUAUGUGGUCAACGGCCACAUUUGGCCUUUUACUUUAGUGCUUGUAAAAUUCACCCCCAAUGGGGAACCCUGUCUUAAUAAGAUUUUGUUCACGAUUUCAUUGUGUAUAACCUGGUAUAUGAAGUGUUCUGUGUGAGACGCCAUAUACCAUAAAGAUGUAGGGGAGUUCCACCCUGUGUUACUAAUAUUAACCCUAACCUUGUCUUAAUAAGAUUUCGUUGUGAAUAGGCUGGCUUAUGAAAUGUUCCGAGUCAGACUCCAUAUAUACUAGAAACAUAUAGGGCCUAAGUUCUCAACCCUGUGUCACCAAUAUCAUGAAGUGGCCACCACUGUUUUAUUUAUCCAAGCCCUGGCAGUCAAUCACAAAAUCACAUUUUGUCCAGCCAUUCCAGAUUAAGAAUCAGAAGUUCCUAAAGAAGUGUUUAAUUAUUAUCAUUGCCAGCUCGUAUUAAACGACAAAAUACCUUUUAAAGUAUAUCCCAAUUAUUAAUUCAGCAAUUCUUGCUAUCUUUAUUUGUGUGUGGAAAUAAAAAUGUAUAAAAUAAUUCACUGUGAUUAUUAAUCUAUAUACAUAUAUAUUAUUAUUUUUUCGUCCUUUUUUUGAACCUAUUUGUCUUUUUUCUGCUAUUUUUCCGGUGAAAUCGGCAUUCCCAAAGCCGUAUUUUUUCGGCUAAAUAUUGAACAUACAUAUAUUUAUGAACCUACUAUUUUUAUCAUUAUUAAAUGGUCAUUAUUAAUAAUUAUGUGGUAAACUAAUCCCAACAAGGAAUUUACAAUAUUUUUGGUAAAAAUUACAAUUUUGCUGUUGUUUUGAGGCCAUUUUUGGGUUAAUAUAAGCUCGAUCGAAUAAGUUUAUCUACUUAUCUUUCCGUAUUUAGCUUUGUGAGUUGGAAAUAUAACCUGUAUGUCUGAAUUAAGUUCUAGAUAAUCUAGAUUACUAUUUGAACUGUGGAACAUCAAGUUAUGAUAAUUUGCCACCUUGCCAGUCGCAAAACUGAUUUUUAUUUUCCUUUUACUAAAAACUCUUCCUAGUUUCAAUUGCUUGAUAAGGUUAUUUCCCAUUUUUUUUUCUUUGUUGAGCAUGAAUUGUUUGGACAAAAUGGGAGUUGGAAUCAACCAAUCAAAGUAGCACGAUUAAUACCACUGGAAUGAUAAACAGGGGGCCAUGAGUGCUAAAAGCCUCCGGAAGGGGGCACCGCGAAAUAAAAGAUUGGGAACCACUGAUAUAGACCAUGAUUUGUUAUACUGAAAUUUUAUUUCAUCUAUUAAAACUGAUUUUUUGAACUGUAUAGAAUACUAGCAUUAUAUUUUCUAUGCACCUCAACUAGUUCUCUGUGCGCAUGUUUGAGGAAAACCAUAAUUUGUGCUCAUAUAUGUGAUCUAAUUUCACAUGUUUUAUGUGGUUCUACUGCACAUGUGUUUUUACAAUAUUUUUCUGUUUGAUAUGAACUAUAGGUAUCGGUUUUGGAGAGAGAUAGCGAUAAAUAAAAUCUAUUCUUUUGUUUACAACUCAAUCUUAUUCGAAGACGUAUAAGUUAUAGUAAUGACUAUAGCGAUCUAAACUUGCUCACAUAAAUGGAACCGACUUUUAUACACCAGUGCAGGGGUGCAAACUCAAACUUGUAAAAUGACCUUGCUGCGUGCCAUGCCAUGCCACAUGCAAAUAAUUAUGGUAUUGCAAAUAUCAAAAAUGAUCUUUAUUGUAAAAGUUUUUUUGUCAACCGGAGUUCAUACAUAACUGGUGUUACUUCUUACUUGUAGCAAAAUUAAUAUGUAUUCUGAUAACUCAUUUCUUUAUCGUUUGAUCCUAAUGGCCGUCCAUAAACCGUAUCUUUAGAUGUGCUUUAACUAAUAAUAAGCUACUAACUAUGGCGAGGAAGUGUUCUAAAUAAUAGGCAGCAUUGUGACUAUUUUCCCUAUACAUUCAUUCUUGCUGUAUUUUAUUUUCUAUGUUCCUAUUUUUGUCUUGUUCCCCGUACAUGCGUCGGCCAUUCAAGAUGUUGACAGGCGCAACGUCUAUGGACCACACGUUGUAGAUAUUAAAGGAACUUGACGAUCACUGGAACAAUUUCCGAAAAUAUAUUUGUUUCUAAAGUUAGUCGUGCAAUAAAAUACUGAAAGAUA